ACUUUCAAAUUUACAAUAUGUCAUGUUCAAAAAUAUUUUCAGGAGAUUUACCUGAAUUAACUUAUGAAGUUAUAAAAUAUUUUCAGUACGAUUAUUCAACUUUACAUUCAUGCAUUUUAGUUAACAGAUUAUGGUGUCGUUUAGCGAUUCCAUUAUUAUGGGAAAAUCCAUUUUCAAUUCGUACCAGAAACUAUAAUUUUAUUGAAAUUUACUUACGUAAUUUAAAUGAUGAUGAUUUCAACACAAAAUUAAAUGAAUAUAAAAUUGUUAAUAAUUCAUUACCUUCGAAUUUAUUUUUCAAUUAUCCCAAGUUUUUAAAAUAUUUGAAUAUAUACAAGUUUAUUUUAUCUGUUAAUGAGUGGCUUGAAUCUUCUUUUAUUACUCCAAACCCUGAAGAUAUAUUAUAUUCAAAAUAUGAUUUUAAAGGAUUGAUUGAUAUAUGUAUGACAAUUUUUAAAAUUUUCAUUGAAAAUGAAGUAAAUUUACAUAUUCUUGAAAUUGAGAAUUUGAAUGAUUAUUAUCACACAUGUUUUGAUAAUAUUCUUGAGUUAAUUUUGAAAAAUACAAAAUUCAUUCACAAUAUUAGAAAUAUAAACCUUUUUAUUGAUAGUGCGUCUGAUUAUGCAUACAGCAGCAAUAGUAGUAAAUAUAAGUUGAUUAGAAAUCGUAUAUCACAAAUUAUUAAUUUACAACAAAAUCUUAAAAAAAUUUUAAUAAGUGAUAAUAGUUUUCCUUUAUAUCGAUCAUUAUUAUUAUCAAAAGAUUUUAAUUGUUCAAAUACUUUAAAUAUAAUUAUAUUCUACAAAGUCAAUUUUAAAUUUUUGAACAAUAACAUAUUUGAACAAUUAAAUGUUUUAGAAUCUAUUCAUAUCUUUUAUUGUUCUUUUGAUAAUAAUUUUAACCGACAAAUUAAUAAUUUAACUAAACCAUUUAAAUUGAAAUCUUUACUUAUAGACGAGAAAUCACAAAUUGGAUCAUUAGAAUUAUUAUUACAAAAAUCCGGUGAUUAUUUAGAAAAGUUCGGGUUUGGUCCAUCAUUAAAUCAACAACUAAUAGAAUUAAUUACAAAAUAUUGUAAAAAUAUUAAUUUUCUUUAUUUUAGUGCAAAUGAAAGUCAGGUUACUUGUCAAAUUUUCAAUUUAAUUGAAAAUAUUAAACAAAAUCUUAAUUAUAUUUCAAUCUAUGUAUGGUAUGAUUAUCUUGGAAUCGGAAAUAGGCCAAGUUCAAUGAUAUUACAAAAUUUAGGACAAAUCCUUCCUUCUAAAUUAGAAUAUUUAUGUUUGUGUCUUUAUUGCAUUAAAGCAAAUGAUUUUGAAGUGUUUCUAAAAAAUUCACAAGAUACUUUUAUUAAAAAAUUAUUGAUCUAUAACAAUGAAGGUCAAGAUAUUUUACCCCCUAUUAAAAAUUAUAUUAUGAAAAAGAAAAGGGUUAAGUAUUUAGCUAUUAGUGACUCUUACUGUGAAUCUACAAUAUUUGGUAGUUUUAGUUAUAAUACUAAGGAAUUGAUAUCAUUGAAAGAUAAUUAUUCAGUUACGGGUAGAGGAGAAGGAGAUUUACGACAUACUACCAUAAAAUGUGAAAUUGAAUAUGAAACAGAUGGACGACCUGUUUUUAGAAUUUGGUUUGGAAAGAACUUUAAGCAAUAUGUAAUAGAAUCAAAGGAGUCUCCAACUAAAGCUGCUAAUGAAUACUUGCGAAGGAAAAAUCCUAAUACUCAUGUAAAUCUUUCUGGAAUACAUGUAUUUUAG